AUGGACGAGAAACCACCGAGUGUGGAUCGGAUCGAGGACAUCACGCACCAGGCCUCCAGCCAUGAGAGCCCAAUUUCCGAUGCAAAUCCAGAGGAAUUUACCUUGGAGCAACAGCGAGCCAUCAUCAAACGGGUGGACCUUCGCCUGGUCACAAUGACAGGGCUAGCAUACUGUAUCUCGCUGAUGGAUCGGACUAACCUGAGCAUGGCGGCCAUUGCUGGCCUCAAAGUUGAACUGGCAUUGAGUGUCGGCAAUCGAUAUUCGAUCGUGGUGCUCAUGUUCUUUGUACCGUAUAUCAUCUUCCAGCCGCCCAUGACCAUCCUGAUUCGCAAGAUCGGUCCAACCAUCUUCCUCGGCACCAUCGUGAUGACCUGGGCUGUGAUCAUGAUCGGAACAGGAUUCGUCAAGGAUUGGGGCCAAUUAGUCGUUCUGCGUGUGCUUUUGGGGAUUCUCGAGGCUGGGUACUUUCCGGGCUGUGUCUACCUGCUCUCGUGCUGGUAUACCCGGUAUGACGUUCAGAAACGUUUCUCGGUCUUUUAUCUGAUUGGAUGCGUGGCCUCGGCGCUGUCUGGUAUCCUGGCAUUCGGUUUGAUGCAACUGAACGGGAAGCAUGGACUAACAGGCUGGCGAUGGAUUUUCAUACUGGAGGGCGUGAUCACCGGCGCUAUCGGCCUACUUUGCUUCGUCUUCCUGGUCGAUUUCCCGGACCGCGCCUCCAAGUCCUGGCGGUUCUUGAACAAGGCAGAAUGCGACUUCAUCGUACGACGUAUUAAUGAUGACCGCCAUGACGGUGAUUUGGAAGCCUUCUCGCUGAAGAAGUUCCUCCGGCCUGGGUUAGAUCUCAAAAUCUGGGGUUUCGCCUUGAUCUUCUUAAUUAUCCAACAACUCACCCGUACUAAUCAUCUCCAAACUACCAGCUGUCUCACUACUGUCACAUAUGCGAUCGCCUAUUUCUUGCCCGUGAUCCUCCGCGAAGGCAUGGGUUUCGGUGUCGGCGAGUCUCAAUGCCUCGUCGCUCCGCCCUAUGUCCUGGCUGGCAUUGUCAUGUACGGUACCGCCUGGGUCGGCGACAAGUACCACAUCCGCGGCCUGAUCCUAAUCUUUAAUUGCCUGCUCUGCAUUAUCGGACUGCCGAUGAUGGGCUUUGCCAAGGGCAACGCCACACGCUAUGCGGGAGUGUUUUUCACGGUCGCGGGCGCCAAUGCCAACAUCCCCGCCUGCAUGGCUUAUCAGGCGAACAAUGUCCGUGGACAGUGGACGCGCGCGUUCUCGAGUGCCACGCUGGUCGGCCUGGGUGGAUUGGGUGGCAUCGCGAGUAGUUUGGUGUUUCGCGAGCAGGACGCGCCUGGAUACCGCCCGGGCAUGUAUGCCGCUCUCGCGUAA